CAACCAGGAAGUUGAGCCAGGUGUGGGACAUUUCGUGGCAAUUGUUCCUCAUUGCUGGACUUGUCGUGACAAGCAGAAAGGAGCAGAGAGGUGUGUGGGAGAAGACAAACUAAAGUUCCAAGUGACUCCUUAAAUAUGUUGGAUCAAAGAGUGAAUGAAACCAGAGGAGGCCAGAUUCCGUCAUUCAGGUACAACUUCAACCAGAAUGAGAAAGGCUGUUUUACCACUGAUCCCAGACCACCAGAACACUCCCAAGCUGUGUCCAAGAAGAACACAGUCAAAGAACUGCUAAAAAUGACACGCAAGAAAAGGAACAACUCGCAGGACGACAACAACUCGGUGCAUAAGUUUAAAUCUGCAAAAGCCGAAGCCUUUGCCAGUGACAUAAGUCCUCAUCUGUUGGGCCCUCCAGCACCAGUAAACACCAAUGUUAUGAAUAAUUUCCCUCCUACUUCUCCUGAAAAUGCCUACAUGACCUCACAACAAAUGCAAUAUCCAGCUCUGCAGGGACAAGGGGCUCCAACCGCUGAAACAAAGUUUACUCUAUUUCACUGGCAAAUACAGCAAGAGGCAAAGAGAUAUGGAGGAGUUUCUGAUGAGAUGCUGAACAUGCAAGACUCGGAUGGUGACACAGUUCUUCACAUAGCAGUGGCACAAGGUCGACGGGCUCUGGCUUAUGUGCUUGCUGCAAAAAUGGCAAGAUAUGGCUCUCUGGACAUUAAAGAACACAAUGGACAGACACCUCUUCAGAUAGCAAGUGCCACCAAUCAGCACUUGAUUGUCCACGACCUGCUGGUACAUGGAGCACAAAUCAACACUCGAGACCUCUGGGGCCGCUCUCCUUUGCAUGUGUGUGCUGAGAAAGGCCACUUUCUUAGUUUACAGAGCAUCUGGAGGACCCUAUUAGGGAGUGGGCAGCUGAUCGAUAUUGAAAUGUUCAAUUAUGAUGGUUUAACCCCGCUGCACACAGCAAUCUUGUCCCACAACGCUGUCAUCAAAGAGCUGAGGAGUCUGGAAAAUCCUUGUUCAUAUAUGGCAAUGGAGUUGGCGCAGAGGAGACGGAUGUUUGUUGAAUGUAUUAAGACUCUGCUGCUCAUGGGCGCCUCCACUGGGACAAAGGAUCUAAAAAGUGGACGGACGUGUCUUCACAUGGCUUCUGAGGAGGCAAAUGUGGAGCUGUUCAAUGUUUUCUUUGACCAGCCAUCUCCGCUGCCACUUGUAAAUGUUAAGACCUUCAGUGGAAACACAGCCCUGCACAUCGUCAGCUCUUUGCAAAAUCAUAACACUCAAGUGGCAGCGGUGAAGCUUCUGAUGAGAAAAGGAGCGGACCCCGGGACCAGGAACUUUGAAAAUGAGCUGCCGUCUCAGCUUGUGCCUGAAGGACCCAUCGGUGAAAAGGUGCGUCAGAUCCUGAAAGGAAAAUGUGUUCACGCUUAAGUGAAGCUCAAGAACACUGUCAGUCAGACAGUCAAUCAAAAUAUUAUUUGCCAAAACAAGGCAGAUUCUGGUUGUUUCAGUGAAACAUGCCAAAUUGUUCAUUACCAUGUAAUGACAGAAGAAAAAUGUGAAGCUAUGAUUUGUACUUUUUUUGUUUUAUCUCUUUUUGUUUACUCAUCUUUAUUGUUUUAGGCAUUCAUUUGAUUGUUUAAGAUUGCCAUACAGUGAAGGAACAUACUCUGUAAGUGUGUUGUGCUUUGGAUGAUGAUUUAUGACUUCUGCCAACAAGUUCAAUCAUGGGUUACCUUUUGGAUAUUGUUUAAUGUUUAUUUGGUUCAUUUGAAAGUUGGAAUGUUUGUACUGCAUAUUGUUGUAUUGGGAAGAACAUUAACAGUUAACAUUGUAUGUUGUUUUAAAAUCAGAACACUACUGACUUACGACCUGUGCAAGGUUAUUGUGAGAUAAUGACAUCUAUUCAAUAAUUCACAUCUGUGUAUAUUUUUAAAUGUUACUUUUGUUUGUUUAGUUAAAUGGUAUUUUUUUGGGGGGGGGCUUAAGUCAAAAUAAUGUAGACUAUAUAAAAUCAUUAAACAUUUUAUUGUGAAAUAUUAUAUUUUGCUUUUACACUGAUAAGAAGUUAACUGUACAUUGGGGUGACUUUCAACUCAGAAAAUAAAGUCUCUUUCACAAGA